AGAUAGAUAGAUAGAUAGAUAGAUAGAUAGAUAGAUAGAUAGAUAGACAGAUAGACAGAUAGAUAGGCAGGCAAGGUAAGGUAACACUAAGUAUGUGGGUGGAAUGGGAACAAAGUGUGUGAGGUGGUGUAAGAGGGGGAGAUAAAGUGUAGCUCUGUCAGCUCAGUGUCAGAGAGUGACACUUCUCUGAGACAGAAAUGGCUUUCUUCAGUCUCUUAACUUCUAGAACCUUGCUUAGUCACCUUUUCCACUCUGCCCUCACAGGUGGGUUUCUUUCUCUUUAUCUACUUGUAAAUGCGAACAUUAUCACCAAUCCCACUCAAACUCCCCUGCCCAUCCUGAACACGUCCACAACAGAUGAUUUACCUGCUCUGCCUGCUGAUGAUCCUCCUGGCCCACAGGUGGUGUCAUUUUUACAACAGCCUCCAAAGACAAAAGCUGUGGAAGGGGAGGAUGUGGUGUUUCCCUGUCUUUUAAAAAGUGAUGUGGAUGAAAUACUGGCUGUGAAGAAGGUGAGCUGGUAUGUGCAGAGUUUGGAGGAAAGGAGGAAUGUUCUACAAGGAAAUAAUACAGUGGAGGAUGUGUUUGCUGGUCGUGUGUUUUUGUCUGGUGAUCUGCCUAUGGGAGAUCUAUCGAUGACACUAAGGAACAUUUCAGUGAAAGAUCAAGGCCUGUAUUUGUGUACCUUCAUAUCAACAAACUCAAAUAUUCUUCAUGGAGGCGGGACCAAACUCAGCAUCCGCAAAGAGCCGGGUGUGAUUGAAGAGUCUGUGGGCACUAUAAUUGGCAUCAUUGCGGCAGUUGUUGGCGUGGUAGCGGGGCUGGUUGCUGUGAUACUGACUCAGUUCAAGGACAAACUGAACUGCCUGAAGAAAUAACGUGGGAGCUAUGGCUUUGGAGUAUGGAGGUUAAAAACUGCAGAGAGGUUACGGUAAAGGCCAAAGGUAAAAGAAGACAAGCACGUGUACGCUUACACUUCCAAGAACUGACCUCAGUGCAUGAGAAAUUACAUCAGUGAACGGUGAGACAUUUAGCUCACCCCAUAUCCUGAAUGAUAAUAUAUGAUUACAUACACAAACAGUUCCAUUGACCCCCUAAUACAGAAGAGCAAGAGCAGCUGAGUUAUGAACUGUUUAGCUUUAUGAGCUUGCAAUGAUGAGCAUGCAUGCAUAUAUAUAUUUUUUUAAGUUCAUGAACCAUUUCAAAAUACUUGGAUUUCCGCAUGAAAGAUGAAAAACUGUUUUGGUUCAUGUUGUUGUAGUUGUUUUGUUUUUUUUAUUCAAUCCAGUCUGCUGUGUUGUAUGUUUUCAGUAUUGAAAGCAGUCUUUUCAUAUGAUCAUAACGUAUAUGAUAGAUGUAAGUUAGUAGACUCUGAUGUAGGUGCUUUGCAUAGCUCAAGUUGAGUAGAUGGACCCAUACCAGAGUAUCACUAUAUCAAUCAGAAACUGAUCUUGAAUCAGCACUCAACACUAAAUACUUUCUCUCAAGAGAGGCCUGAUCUCAAUACUUGUUCUGUGCUUCAAUAUGCCAUUUUAAUUAAAGAACUUAAUUGCAAAGUUCUUCAUUUUCACCUACAUGCCUUUUGUAAGACCCACCAGGACGUUCACCUCAGAAAUAGCUGGUUGUAAACUGGUUUGUGGCUUAAUUUUGUCCCAUGAGCUUUGGUUUGUUUACUGUGAAAAUUAUCAUCAAUCUUCUGACACAAAUAAACAGUUUUAUUUUUCAGUG